AUGUACGCGACGGUUGCGUCGCGGGACCGGCGGCCAGCCAGCCGCCCGGCCAUGAUCAUGAACAUCCCGAUCAAGGGCAAGAAGCAGACCAAGAGCCAGCGCAAGGCCGCGGCCAAGGCGCAGACGGAAGCGGCGCCGCAGAUCGUCCAGUGGGUCGAGGAGCGCCUCGACGACCACGUGUGGCAGCUCAUCUUUGAAUGCAUGGACGUCGCGUCGCUCUUGCAGGCGCGCCUCGUCUGCCGCUACUUCCGGGUCGUCGCCGAGAGCCCGGUGCUGUGGAUGGCGGCGCAUGCGCGGACGUGGGGCCACGACCUGCCUCGGACGUACACGGCGUGCACAUGGCGCGACAUCCGCGGCCUCCAUGGCCGGCGCAAGGCCCUCCGCGUGCCCGUCUCGACGCGUGCCAAGACGACGCUCGAUCCCGAUACCUACAGUCUCACUGUCCUCAACAACUCGAUGCUGCGCAGCUUUGACCGCGGAACCGUCGACUCGGUGCGCUCGUCGGGGCCGCUGCCGCCACUGCCCGCGCUCUGCCAGGACGGCGCCACGUAUUUUGAAGUCCGCACGACCACGUACGUGAGCGCCGGCAUGGUCUCGCUCCGCGACCUGCGCGCCUACGGCUUUGGCUCGGACGCGCACGUCGGGUGGCAUCCGCACUCGGUGGGCUACCACACGCACGGCCCCGGCCUCGUCUACCACGAUGGAAGCGCCAUGGUCGAGUCUCCGGGUGCCUUUGCGCACUGGUCCGACCGCCUCUUUAGCGCCGAUGCCGGCGACGUCGUUGGCGUCGGCCAUGUCCCAAGCCUUGCGACUGUCUUCUUUACACUCAACGGCGUGCUCCUCGGAGAGGCGCCGUGCGUCUUGGAGGGCGAUGACGUCGCGGGCGCGGUCUCGAUCCACGCCCUUGACGCGCACGUGUCGAUCAAUUGGGGCGUGCAGCCCUUUGUGUUUGCGAUCGAAGCCUACCUCGCGUCCUUGUAAACCAUAUUACACGAUAGUAGACAUCUACAACUCGUGUACUAGGUUGUAGCCGAAGCAACUGGCACGCAUCGACUUGGGUGCACUACAUGGC